AUGGCUUCCUCAAAGAAUGAUAAUCAAGCUUCAUUUGGAUCUAAGAGGCCCCGAAAUGAUGUUUUACAAAAAGAUGGAGACUGGAUUUGCACUACUUGUGGGAAUUUAAAUUUUCAUUUUCGAAUUGUUUGCAAUAAAAAAUAUUGUCAUGCUCCAAAACCAUCCGGAAGUUCAGCUCCAAAACCAUUUGUAGCUGAAUCUCCAAAAACAUUUGGAUCUCCGAUUCCAGCUCCAAAAUCAGCAGGAAUGUCGACUUCAAAACCAUUUAUAGCUCCCGUAAAAGCUUUGGCUACUGAAAUUAUGAGUGCAUAUAAUGGAGGUGUUGUGACUCUUCCUCCACCAUCCCCACCACCACCAAUGAAUGGUAUACCAAUCAACUUUGGAUCAAUACCAUCUUAUAUCCCAUAUGGAAGCUAUGGAACUAUGGCACAAAGAACCUUUGGACCAGGAUCCUCUAUUCAAGGUAGAAGCUCUACCCAAUCUGGAAGCUUAGGAGAUAUUUUUGUCAAUCCAAUGUCUGAUAUUAACCCUUAUGGUUAUGGUUUUCAAGGUCCUUUUCCGUGGGAUGCGGGACUAACAACAAAGGAUUCUGAAUCUCACAAUGAUUCUGAUUCUCACAAGGAUUCUGAAGUUCCCAAAGAUUCUGAAUCUCACAAGAAUUUGGAAGUUCCCAAGGAUUCUGAAAUUCCUAAGGAUUCUAAGUCUCACAAACGUCGUAUUGAAGAAGGUGAUUGGAUUUGUCCUCGAUGUGAAAAUGUCAACUUUGCAUUUAGAAGUAAAUGCAAUAUGAAGAACUGUCGACUUCGUAGACCCACUCCUAUGCCACUUCCAGUUUUUCCUGAAGGUAGCUGGAGCUGCAACAAAUGUGGGAAUAUGAAUUAUCCAUAUCGAAACUCAUGCAACAUGAAAGGUUGUGGAGUUGAGAGACCAAACAACUAAGGAGAAAGUUUUUAUUUUGGAUUAAGAAUAAAGAAUUUGACAGCUGUGAAUUUUAGGACAAGAUUUUUCAUUUGGAUUAUUUUGGUUUGGCUGUUGAAGACAAUUUAGUUUUUUAACUAUGAUUUAUGUUGAAUAAGAUGCUGAGAAUUAUGGUGAAU